AUGUUCCAGCCAAGUUUAACUGGUGAAGAGUCUCAGAGUAUUCAUGAAAGAAUUCGUAAAUCAAUCAUCAAAUGUAAUUGGUGGGUUAAACGGUCCCUAUUUAAGAACAUUGUAUUGUCCGGUGGCUCUACAAUAUUCAGAGGCUUUUCCCAGCGCCUAAAAAAGGAAAUGAGUUCCAUUCUGGCACCUACCACAAUAUUUCAGAUUAUUGAUUAUGAAGAACGUAAAUAUGGUACAUGGCUUGGUGGUGCCGCAUUGGCUUCUCUGUCUACCUUUAAAGAUCAGUGGAUUAGCAGAGAAGAAUAUGAUGAACAUGGCUCAAAUAUUCUCGAUAAAAAAUAUAUGUAA